AUGACAACAUAUUCCAACGAAGAACGACCUCGCAAACUUUCAUCCGCGGUAAACCUAGACCAGAACGAAUCGGUCGAGACCACGAGAGUUACCAUCGAAGAGAAUUGCACGUGUUACGCGCACUACUCCGUGUUUUUGUUUGAAAACGACGGGGAGAAAUCCCCUAGUAGGAAUGCCCUACGAUUUAGCACCAAUGAAGAAGAAGGCGAGGAACAACUCGCGCUGGCGAUAUAUGUGGGCCAACCGAACGCGCGACACGUCGCGUGCAAAGGCGUCGAUGAGUGCUUGCGAUUGAUGAAAAAUGUCGGCGAGAAGGCGUCUUUUGUGAUACCUCCUUCGUUAGGGUACGGGGAUGCUGGAAAUAUCUCCUUCCCUUCGAUACCGCCGAAGUGCGAGUUACUCGUGGAGAUUGAGCUGUUGCACGUGGAAGGGACGAAAGAGACGCCAGAUACCAAUCGAGCGGAUUUAACGUUCGAGAAACGGAUGGAGCGGUGCGAAAAUUUGAAAAAGAAAGGGAACGAGAAGUUUCGAGAUGGAUCGAAGAAAGCGGCGGUGCGGUUGUACGAGAGCGGUUUGUCGUACAUCACGGAGGAUUUGAUGCAACAGUUGGUGUUGCCAAAACACGUGGAUUUAGCGGAAGAGCUGAGAGCGACGUUGCGAUUGAAUAUGGGCGGGAGUUUUUUAGCGUUGAAGGAGUACGCGUUGUGCGUCAAGUAUUGCGAUUUGGCGAGGGGCGAAGGCGUCUGGGGCGACGCCGUGAAUCGGUGUCACUUUUUUCGCGAGAAAAAGGAAGAUUCGUGUUGGUUGACGAAACCACAACAGGUCAAGGCAAUGUUUAGGAAAGCGCAAGCGCUGGAGAGCAUGCCCGGGGAGAAAUACGAGGAAGCGAUGAGCGUACUACAGGAAGUGCACGAUAGUUUGGACGCGGAGUUGGAAAGGCGGUAUGUUAAAGCGAACGGGCGUCGCCAAGGAAACGCUCGCCAAGGAAACGCGGAAACUGUGUUUUUCAAUGCCUUGGAUCCUGAACAGCACGAGAACGCAAAAAUGUUUGAGAUGUUUCGGAGCGAUUUCUUACUUUCUGUGGAGAAAAUCAACAGAGUAACCAAGUUGAUUGAGAAGCGAGAGAAGAUGUCUAUGGCUGAGUUUUGUGGAGUGUUCGAGAAGAAGACUUGA